AAGGGUGGACCCCGGAGGGGACUGAUGUGCAUACUGGCCAGGUAUCAUCUGCUCCCUUCUUCUCUGGUUUUGCUCAUUUUGCUUGUCGCCUGCAGUAUGGGCUGUAUUCAGAGCAUCGCAUGCAAGCCCCGCAUCAGACGGGAGAACAUUGUGGUGUACGAGGUUUCAGCCUCCAUCGACCAGUGUCCCACCAUCAUCGAGGAGAACUCACCGAUUGUGCUCCGCUACAAGACGCCUUACUUCAGGGCCUCGGCAGGGGUUGUGAUGCCUCCAGUGCCCCGCAAUGAGACCUGGGUGGUGGGCUGGAUCCAGGCUUGUACCCAGAUGGAGUUCUACAACACCUAUGGGGAUAUUGGCAUGUCCAGCUGGGAGCUACCAGAGCUGCGAGAGGGUCGGGUGAAGGCCAUCAGCGACUCUGACGGUGUCAGCUACCCCUGGUACGGCAACACCACCGAGACAGUCACCCUGACCGGACCCACGUCCAAACCGUCCCGCCUGACGGUCAGCAUGAACGACAACUUCUACCCCAGUGUGACCUGGGCGGUGCCCAUCAGCAACAGCAACACGCCCAUGCUGACCCACAUCACCAGGGACCAGAGCUUCAUCACCUGGCUGGUGGCCAUGAACUCCGUCACCAAGGAGCGCAUUGUGCUGCAGACGGUGCGGUGGCGGAUGCGUGUGGACAUUGCCGUGGAGCCCGACAUGCCUCUGGGCUCUCGGGCCUCGUUGGUGGGGCGUCCCUACCAGGAGCAGCCGCACAUUCUCAACUACCAGGAGCCCAUCCCUCCCAACGCACUGGGGAGGCCCAACGCCAACGACGCCCAAGUGCUGAUGUGGAGGCCACGGAGAGGGGCGCCACUAGUGGUCAUACCGCCAAAAUAGGAGCGUGGAUUGGUUGCAAAGACAAAUUGUUCCCUCUUGCAGAAAAGGUGAUGAAGCCUAUCACAGAAGAGAUUCCCUGAUGCCAGCUCUCACUGAAAGAUUGAAGUGGACCAUGAAAACAAGCCAGAAUGGAUAUGGCACUGUACCGUAUCAGAAAUGGAAGUCGACUAAAAACUAGUAACAAUGGCCCAGAUGGCAUCAAUGGCUUUUUUGGCCCCAGAUCAGUUUUGGACUCCUUUAAAGAGUUCUGCCUGCUUUUUAGCCAAGAAGGAACGCUGUUUUUAGACUGCAUCCUGCAUCCUUAUGUAGAUCUUAUUGCAUGAGAGCGUGAGAGAGACACAAAGCUGUCCUUGAGAAGUUUAAGCAUUUGUUUUGUACAUUGAUACCUGAAGACAUUUUGAUUGAAAGUCAGCCAAAAAAAAGAAAAACACAGACCCUGCGGGCUGGUUAAACCUCUUCAGUGCCAACAAAGGCCUUCAACACACUCAGUUCCAGAGUUACCGGAUGUAUUCAGAGAAUUUAACAGAGACAAAGUAUUAUAUGAGUCUUUUUAGGGUUAAGAUUAACACAUGCAUCGAUCAGAUUGUAUUAAGAGCACCCACCUUGCAUAAAAGUCUGGAAGCAAAACCUGCUGGAGUUUUCACUGGAGUUUUUUUUAAUACACCAUACUUAUGCACACACAUAUUUUCAACUACAUCGUGCAGCGGAUAUUUUAUUUAUAUGGAUGACAAACUAUAUCAGAGUAGACCACAUGACAUAAGUCAUUUCAGCUAUGCCUUCAACAAGUGCGGUGUAUAUGACUUGUAAUGGUGCCAUACCACAAAUGUAAGCAUAGCUGGGUAUGAGGCCAAAUUGUACUCAGACUUAAAGGGAAAGUACACCCCCCACAAGAUAGUCCUCACACCUUGUUGUUAGCAGUUUUAUGCAGGUCAUUUGUUUUCCUACCUUAUCACCGCACAAAAGGAAGCAUACAUCUAAUCAUGGAGGCUCCUAUUAGCUAAUCUUUAAAUAGCUAACGCUAGAGCCGAGGAAGAUGGCAUUACAAUUUUCAUCUUGCUUUCUCUAGCCUCUGUUCAAUAGCAUUAUCAAGAUUAUUUUUGUGUAGUGAUAAAGUAGAAAGAAAAAAGUGACUUCAUAAAACUGCUCUCAACAAGGUCUGUGGAUUAUCUCUAUUAACCCGGUCAUGUAUUCUGGAAAUAUGUAUUAUUGUUGAUUUUGUCAAAUGUAAUUAUUGGUGUUUUGAGAACCACAAGCGCCAACUAGUUCCAUUAAACUGCAUUCACAUGA